GCGGGUCAGACAAAUAUGGCGGUACUCGGUUGGUUUCAUCUCUUCUCUAGAGUUUAAUUCAAAAUUAUGCCUACAGACCAAGGUUAUCGAAAAUCAGGCAGUCCACAAGCUUCUACUGAGGUUUCUUCUUUGCAACUGAACCGGACCAAAAACAAAGAAGCACUUGAGAAAAGCCUCAAGUCCAGACGUUCUUUAAAAGAGUUGGUAAAUCAAGGGAUAUUACUGAAUCCUUCGAUUUCACACCCUGACAAGGUCCGCCAGUUACAAAAGGCUAAGACUAGCGACUUAUUAAAACGUAAAAUUGGACAACGGCCGGAUAGACAGUAUCUUAUCAGUCAUCAUAUUUUAAGAGAUGAUAAGCUGGGUACUUCACCCUUCAUCCUUGAGCAAUGCCACAAUUUAGAAAAGUCUCAGCUAAAGGAAACUCUGGCCACGAAGCUUAUUUCUAGACCUGGUUCAUUGGAGUUAGUUGAGAAAGGAGUUCUGCAGGUUGAUCCGGGUGUUGAUUCACUCAUCAAACAAGGUUCUAUCCAAUAUCCUAGGGUUGAGUCUGUUUCGUCGGAGAGGAUUUCAAGUGAACGACUGCAACCUAUCCAAGAACUGAUCGCUAUACCACCACCUCCACCACUUUCAUCGACUACAAAAGCACACAGUACAAAUCCUGGUCGUGUUGUUUCUGGAAGAAGUCGUUUAGUUACUUCAAAUAAAACGUCCAGUAGUCGGGCAAUUCGAGAUGACACCAUUAUUUCAAAAUUAGGCUCAUUGGUUUUUCAUCAGUAUUGUCCAGACUCAUCGAGUUCAUCAUCGCCAAGCCUAGCUAAUGUCUCAUCUUUUCAACAGAAACAACGAGUCCGAGAAUUACAGCAAGUUGAAAUGUUACGCCUUCAGGAUACUGCACGUGCUCAUCGGCUAGUCGAACAGGAAUUGUGUGAGCGUGUAAGCAUAUGUAAAAAACCAUUGCAUGAAGAUACAUCCUUCAUGGAUCUGACUCCUAAUUCAUCAUUUAAUAAUCAAAUAAGCAAUCAACCAGCAUUAUCCUGCACUUCCAACUUAACGUCACUGCAAGUCUCUCCAACCCCUUCUAACUCAAUAGUUUGUUCUAAGAACCAGGUUGCUUUAAGUAACCAACGAACUGGUGCUUCAAAAACGUUACCAUUGGAAUCUAGUUUUAUCUUACCUAGUCUUGCUCAUCUUACUCUCACUCAACUUAAGGGGGAAUGUAAGGACAGAAAUUUACCUCGUGCUGGUUCUAAAAUGCAAUUAAUGCGUUUGCUCAAUCCAUAUCGCCGUGAAAUAUUGGGAAAAUAUUUCCCAAAUUCUGUCAUGAAACAAAGUGAAGAAGUCAAAUUGGCUAUAGAUGGAACUUUUCAAUUUUAUAAUAAUAAUAUAAAUCAAACACAGCCUUUCAUACAGUGCCAAGACCAGAAUCAAACACUUUUAGUGAAUUCUGAACAACCUAUGAUGGAAAUGGAUGUCAAUUUGAAAGACUUUGACUCAUCACUACUACCCCAAACUAAACCUGUGAAUUUAUGCACUACAGUAUUUUCUUCAGGAUCCAGAAUACCAAAAGAUCUACAAGUAUACUCUGAUGUUGUUAUGAAAUCAAAUGAUUCCAAUAUGUUAUUUGCCCAACCUUGUGUCUCGUUAAGGCAUUCUGUUUCUGCACCAUUCUUUCCGGAAAUUUCAUCUAACUCGUCCUCAGGACACACAACUCAUUUUCAAAUUCCUUCGACACAAGGUAACCUAUCUUCGACAACUCUAAUACCGGUCACUUUCAUUAAUGAUAUUUCAAUGAGUGAAUCAGAUCACAUUUCACAAAUUCCUGUCUCAUCUUUUGAAUUACAGUUUGUUCAAACUACAUCAACACAAUCAUUUGUAUGUAUGACUCCGAAUAUUCUUCCAGAUAAUCAAACAUCAUCAUCUAAUGGAGAUUUUUAUUGUCCAAAUGAAAAUCUUGUACAUCAUCCAUUAAAAAGUAUCCCGUCAUCAGAUUCUAGUUAUAUUAUCACUUCAAAUCAACAUCUUCCAUUAUCCACAUCUAUAGAUAAUGGCAUGUUAUCACCGUGCAAUGAAUCACAGACUAUGCAUCAUACUUCCGUAAAUAAUUCACUUAACAAUCAAUCAUUGCCCGUAUUUUCACCGGUAACAAGAUCAAAUCCUACUGGUGAUGAUGGUAGCUACAGUAUUGGUUGUACUGGUUCUUCAACACCAUCGACAACACUUCAUCAAAUUGAAGAGAUGUGGUUAAGAAUUCGUCAAUUAAGGCGUAACAUUGAACAGACAAAAGCGUCACACUAUGGUUCAGCUGAUUCUGAAGCUUUAUCGAUCCCAGGGAAUUUAGAAUAUUUACAACAAGAACACAAUCGACUAGCAGUCCUAUGUCGUCUACUCAUUAUUGAACGUCUAGAUACAUUAGAUGAAAUAAGCACCAAUGGUAAUCAAUUUCUUGAAACAAACGAUUCAUCGAAUUCUGAUUUUAAAAUUGAAAGAAAUUUAUUAAAUUCUUAUUUAAGACGACUUGGUGGUUCAAUUUUAACAAAUAGUUUAUCUUCACCCAAUACAGAAUCAUUUUUAUCAACUAAUACUAGUUCAUUUUUAAUUGGACAAUCGAGUUGUGAUCAUUCAACCAAUUAUAAUAUGUGUAAUUCAUUGCAAACACCGGAAGUUUCUUUUUUCUGUGAUUCUUAUUCUAUGACACCGGAGUCAAGAUUUGAUGAUCAGGGAGGUGUUGAGUUUACAGAUAUUACUACUAGUGCUACUAAUACUACUACUACUGCUACUACUACUGCUACUACUACUACUACAACUACUACUACUACCAGUAAUAAUAUUAAUGAUAAUGAAUUAUUUGAACACGAACAACAUUUAACAUCAAACAGUGGCAGGAUAUUGGAUCAUCACUAUGAGGAAGCGGAUGACGAACAGAUUUGUUCUGACUUGCGAAAUUCACCUGAUUCUGGUCAUUUAAAAUCUUAUGGGUAUGACACUCCCAUGGAACAACUCCCAUCGCCAAUGACUACAGAUAUACUUUUUGAAUUAUGGAAUAGUGUCGUAGAAGAUACUAAUGGGCAAUCAAUGGUAACUGCCAUUGCUGAUCCUCCUAAUAUUGAUUCUUCUCCGUCGAUUACAGUGAAUAGUAAUCAUCACCAUAACAUGAGCGUUACGAGUUCGCAUGAUUUAUCAAAUUUUUAUUCAGUUAUAAAUACCAAUGUACAAACUACCACUCCAUUGUACAUUCCUUCUUCUCCUCCUCCCGCUACUACUAUGAGACCAAUAGCUUUCAGUACUGUUUCGCCAACAACUACUAUCCAAUCAAAUAUUAAUUAUUCAUCAAUGCACAGAAACCAGUUGCCAGUUCAAUUAUCGGAAAGUUUAAGAUGA